AAGAGCUCAGCUUCAGUCAGCUCAGCUUCCUGUCCUAUUCAGUGUUGCAGGGGCCAAGGAAGUGAAUAAGAAGAUGCUGCGUUUACUCAUUCUGUUUUUGAUUCUUCAAGGUUCAGCUGCAACAUCAGAAGACACAGAAGGAAAUUCUUCAGGAUUCCUCGGUGACGAUGAGGAUGGUGAUGGCUAUCGUAAGGAUGUAGUGUGUAGAAUGUUUGAUCCUGUUAAAUCUGAAGGUCCUAAAGAAAAUCCUGGAACAGAUAGAUCCACAGGAGAUGAUGAUGCUACAGGUGGAACCUUGAUAAUCAUCAUAGCUGCCGUUAGCGUCACAGUUCUGGCCAUUGGGAGUAUUGUAGCUAUUGUCCUCUUCAGACGCUACUUGCAAAGCCGAGAACAGGGGGUCUACUCUGUGCCGGCAGAGCAAGGACAGAAAGCUGCUGUCUAACCAUCAGGGCCUUUUCAUUUCCUCUCUCCGCUGGAUCCUUUCAGGGACGUGCUGCAAGCAUGUGAUUUCUCAUCCAAAUGUAUCUAUAUCUAUAGCGGAUUCUAUAACGUCAGUAGACGAGAAUGUAUUGCUAUCAUGAAUUUUCUAUUCAUCGUUUUUAAAUGCACAACGUAUAGCGUUCAUGCACACAUGCCAAAUGUUGCACUCACAGAGAAAGUCCCUGUGUAGCACAGCUCACUUUUUCCCUCUCCACUUACAAUAUUUUUUUUAUUUAAAUCAAGUACAGAACUGUUCUUAAAGGUGUAGUGUGUAAUAUUCUUUAAAUACUUUCUCCUAAAAAGUAAGCCAUUCAUAGUUUUUUCCACACAGAAAAAAAAAAGAAUAAACAAAUAUUGUGGCUCUGUUUAUUGGAACACCCUGACACAACAACAUCGGCUCAACCAAUGGCGUGAGUUUGGGGCGGGACUGUCUGUUCGACUAGCCAAUGGUAGCUUUAAGCAAACAUUCUCCCCGUUUUCCGUUCCAGUACUCUGAUGUUAGCCGUCCCCAGUGUGCUAAAGUGACAAAAUCAGGACGGUUAAAAGAUAAAGCUGGGCUCUGUCUCUCUGAUUAUUUGACAAACUAGAGAAAGAAGCAGAGAGAGAGAAAAGUCAGUGGAAAAGUGGCUCUGAACACCCACUUGUCAAGCGGCGAAUUAAUCAACCGCUUUAAAUUAUGUUGUUUUCUUUUUCCUUUCUUUCAUGGCGGACAACUCCUCUAAAGCACUGUAGAUUGUAAAUAGCUCUGGGAUGCUGGGUAGCAGAUUAAUGUUUCAUCCUGCUGGCUUUAAUGGGGAUGGAGACAAUCCAAUGGGUGGACGAAAUACGGAUACAGAAAAACACACGACACUCGUAUAAUGGGGUCCAAAGGUCUACUAGUGAAAUGUAGCAUUUUCCUUGCCAUUGCAAUUAUAUUAUCAGCAUAAAAAUAUGAGUGAAAAGUUGAAUUAUGAAUGGAAAAAAAAAAAAGUGAAAGCUGAAGUAUAUAUUCAGGUUUAAAUGAGAUUUUUGAAUCUUCAGCAUGGACUCUUUGGACCCCGCACUGUAUCUACAGCAUCAUCGAUUGAAACUAAGACACUAUAGCGAGAUAUACUUUUAUCUUCCUCGUUCUCUCUCUCACCGUUCCUUUUUCUUCCAUUUUUUAGAUUAAAAUGGAAAUCAAUCAAAGCCCUUUUAGUCUGAGUCUGAAGACUCUUGAGUGUCUCGGCUCUUUAUUCUGAAUUUACACAAAGACGGCAGGCUAGCAAAAACAGUUCUUCUGCGCUUUCUUACUGUCUUGUUAAAUGGUUAGUUCACCUAAAAAUGUAUGUAUGACUUUUCUUUUUUUCUUCUGCCGAACACAAAAGAAGAUAUUUGGAAGAACAUUUGGGGUCCAAACAACAUUGAACCCUAUUGACUUUUAUUGUAUAGGCAAAAAAAACAUUUCUCAAAACAUCUUUUUUGUGUGUUCUGCAUAAGAAAAAAAGUGAGACAGGUUUGGAAUUACAUGAAGGAUAGGCCUAGAGUAUAUAAUAACAAAACUUAAAAAAUAAUUCUCUGCCCUCCCGGCUUGUAUAUAACAGUGGAGGGCUGCUAACCCAGAUCUCGAUUUAAAAAUGUUUCCAUUUCUUUAGCUGGAUUUCAUGUUUCUUGAUUACCUGCUUUUUUGUGCUUGCUGGUUUUCUAUUUAAAUCUAAAUCCAAAUCCAAUCUUGUGCGCAUUAGACAGCUUGAGCUUGUUACUUUGAUGCAUGUGGGUGUGUAUAAAGGCAUUAGUCUGUAAUAUUAAUCAAGAUUUGCAAUAUAGCUAUUCUGGUAAAUCAUUCGCUAAAAGUGUCCUUAGACAAUAGCAUUUCAGAUAGCUGGAAUUGGAAAAACAGGCUAAAUUAAAAGAAAAAGGAAAAAACAAAAACAAAAAACAAAAAAACAUUUCAGCUUCUAAGAGUCAUUCGAAAAGCCAGUUUCAUAUAUAUAUAUAUAUAUAUAUAUAUAUAUUAUAGAGAUUUUUAUAUUAAAACCGUCGGGCUUCAUUAACUACAACAACUUUCUUUUGGGCUCUUUGGGCAGGUUGCUUUAUUCCAUGUGAAGGGACUUUAUACUUAUGUAAAAAAAAAAAAAAAAAAAAAAAGAUCUGUUCGAUAUUUACCCAUUCAAGAAACCCCAAUGCAAGAUAACCUUUAACUCACACAGAUUCACAUUUCAAUUCUGUUAGCAGUUUCUCUUAGUUGAUGUAAGAACGGAGUGGAAAAUGCAGAUGUAGAUUUUCCUUCUGAAGGUGGCUCUCAACAACCUUUGAAGGGAAAAUCAUAAGAGAUUGUAUUGUAUUUCCUUUCAAUGGAGGCUGUUUACAUCAGCGCUUAUUUUAUUUUGUUAUGUAAGGUAUUCUAUCAGCAAAAAGGUAUACGUAUGUCUUUCAGAGUUUUUUUUUUUUAUCAUGUAGUAGUAUACAACACUCCCAGUGCUUGACCUCUGGUAAACAUUACUGUUAUUCACGGACAUUUGUGUGAUUUCUACUGAAGUUUAAACGUUAAUGCCUGUUGCUGUAUAUAUUUGAUAAGACAACCUGUCAUCUAUUUGUUGUAUAAGACAUUUAUUUUAAAUAAAUAUUAUUGUUCUCAA